AUGCUUCACCGCCUUGCGCUGCGGCCCCGGCUGGAGAACGACGACCAUCUGCUGACAGAGCCAGCGGAGGAGAUGAGCGAGGAGAACGAGACUCUGAGCCCACCCAGGAACGAAGCAGCGGGGGACCAAAGGAUGCCCCCUGCCAAAGCGCUGGAGUUCUAUCGGGUGUACCAUGUUUUAACUCGACUCUUCGAUGAGAUGGAUGUCCAAUGGUGGGUCAGCCAUGGCACACUGAUUGGAGCGCUGCGGGACGGCGGUCUCAGCCGGCAUGCAGAUGAUUUGGAGGUAGAUGUGCCGGAGAUUGAUGUGGAGAAGAUUCAGGGCACUCUAAUGAGAGCAGCGCUCGGCCGAAACGGCCUUGAGCUUAGCUACGAUCCGCGAGGCAGAUGCUUCAAAGUCUGGCCUACCGGCUCUGAGAAGGCAUCGGAGCAUGACGAGGUCCAGCUGAUGGAUCAGACCUGGUGGCUUCCACAACAACGCGUUGGCACGCCUGCACUCGACAUCUACGUGGUGCAGACACCGAGCGACAGCGGUGGUGAGCGAUACUACAUCUCCAACGACCAGUUCCAUUGCAACGUGCGUGUUUGCAAGCGGUACUGGCUCAACGCCGAGCUGACUGGCUUCUAUGAAGUACCUUUUGGCCAAAGUCGCGCAAAGGUACCGAUUGGAUCCGCGGACUACCUCAGUCGUUCUUAUGGCGACGACUGGAACAUUACCGUGCGGCCCCACCGCUGGGAAGCCAGACAUGGCAACAGCUUUGAGCCCACGGAUGUUACUCGCCUGAGGCGACGAGCAGCCGAACCCUUCGGCCCGCUGCCAGAGCCGGUGUGGCCUCUGUAA